AUGUCCGACAGUUUACGCGGCUCCUCACCACUACCGGGUUCUGAGGAGUACGCUCACAGCACUCCCGAUUCGCUCGACGAAGACAACGAGGAUAUGAGGAGACUGUUGGAGAAUCACAAUGAAGCCAACAACGACACCAUCAUCGAGGAAACGACGGACCAAUUGAUUGCAAACGAUGGGCAACCAUCCACAUCGGAUGCACUGGCGCCUGGAACAUCCAGGGAGACGACCCAGAAACCACCGGUAGAAACAUUACCAGAAGAUAAGCUAUGGCAGAUGUACAUGUUUAUCAAACCGGCCGCCGAAGACAAUCCGGGACGCUUUAUAUGGAUAUGGUAUAUUGGGAGGAAAAUACCGGCACUAAUAAUAAACGGGGAGGCCUAUAUGCCAGUGGAACUUCUGCAGCAAAUACUCAACGAGUCGAUAGACAAAAAGAGCGAGAGCUUACAAGCAUUCAUGGCCGCAUUCAAUAUCCCCACAAGGUACGCAACACGGACACAGUACACCGUCAUACUUCGGAAGUGUGUAGAAUGCAGAAAGUUGGGGUCGACGAGCCUUCGGCUGAUCAGUCGGUCCAACAUGGAGCGGAUAACGGGUGCCAUCAGGAUGGAAAGUGUCCGAACGGCGUGUGAGCAUGAUGACUGGGAUGAUACACAACGGGUACACGUCGUCCAUGUCAACUUCAUCGAUUUGUAUGAUGACUGGCUGGAGAACGACGACUUGGAAGAGGAUCUCACUGAUUGUGGCGUCCACGGGUACUGGUACAAAAAUCGUCGUGCCAUGAGAAGUAUCAAAUGCAGGGAAUGCAUGAAAAUGUUCACUCCAGCCGAUUUCAUCCUCCACCAUCACUAUCCCCGGCGGAAUGAAACAUUGGAGCAUGUUGGACUUAAUUCUGCGAAAUGGACGGAACUUAUCACGGUCCAUUCGGAAGACAGAAACGAGGUGAAUCUAACAUCCUGGAAAAAGUACUGUACGGCUUCUACCCGCUUCGGAAAAAGAACUUAUGAAGAGGCAGAGCCUGUCAGGGGUGCCAAGAGACCGGCAAUAGAACCAUUGAUUAUUGUGGAUGAUGAUGAUGAGAUGAUGGAAGAAGAGCUAGAAGAAGGAGAAGAGAUUCCGGAGAACAAAGAAUUGUCCUCGGAGGAAUACGAAGCUUUGAUCAAUUCCGGAAAGAAGUUGACACUCGAGGACUACCUUGGACCAAAAGGCGUGGAUGGAAUCGUACCGAAGACUAGAGUGCAGCAAGUCAUGAAGGACACUUUGAAGAUUAUGGAUCAAAAGUCGUUAGAAAUGCUCUUCCUGAGUCACCCAGAUGACUUGAUAGUGUGGAUUAAAGAACACGAGUUUGCUAAGAAAUGCGAACUACAAAAGAAGCAUUGGGAUAAAGUUCGUGAAGAAAAUCCCGACGAUUUCGAUCAAUGGACUGGUGCUCAUUUCGAUCCUGAAACCGGAAUGUUUGAAAACCUCCGACUACUGGACGAAGCUGAAAAGACGACUAGACUUGAACUGAGGGAGGUUGAAGAGAAGAUGAGACAGUUACAAGAAGAGAUGAAGAAGACUAAGAUGACAUUGUGGGAAUAUAUGUUGAAAGAACAGAAAGUUCUCAAUGAAGCACCAGAAGACGUGCUCAAAUUGCUCAGCAACAUUCCACCUCCACCACCAAAAGUCCUCCCUACACCGACUCCAUCGAUGCCUGCAACUCCAGUCCUUCCAAUACUCUUCCCUCCACUCAACUUUAUUAAAUUGGCUCAACAGCUUCAACAACUACAAGCGGCUGGAAUCAAGCUCCCUCUUCCUGUUCCAACUCUUAAACUCCCGCCUCUUCCAACGCCAUCCCUUCCACUCAAAAAACUUCCACCAAUGCCACCAAUGUCUCUGCCACAGAUCGCAAUGCCUCCAAUGCCAUUUUCAAAGGUCAUUUCUCCUACUGAAUCUCUCGCUGGAACGUCUUCAACACCACCAACUCCAGUGGAGAAACCUUCGAAGCUCGCUAUUCCAACUUUGCCACUAUCACCACAAGCUGAAUUUCUCAGACAACAACUCACACUGGCUCUUCAGAAUCCAACAUUUUUCCCAUUUUUGGCUCCGAAACUUCCGCCUCAAUUUGAAAACCUCCUGUCUUCAUUUCUACCACCUACGAAACCCACCGCGGUCAAAAACUGA